UGACAUGUAUUUUGAUUGGAGACAAAUGGCCAUUGCAUAUAGGCCUCUCUGUGCAGUGUCAGACUUCACUUAAACGUUGUGUAAGGUGAUUAUGAGGCAGCAUACUGGCUACCCCACAUCCCAGGCCACGGAGCCGACUCCCUGCUCAGCCCUCCCAUCUCCAGGUCCGUCCACUAGGGAGGCUCGGGGGAUUAAUCACUGCAACCUUGUUAACAUUCGAAUUACAUAACCGUAUUAUACAAUAAACAGAGCAACAUUCCCGUCAAAGCAUUAAAAAUACGAUAAAUACUCGAUAGCUUUGUUUACUUUAAUGACAACAAGUGGAACCGAGCGAGGAAAGGAGCUCCUGCGCUCAGCGCGUCGCCAGGUGAGCGGCAUCCUGCGGCGCCGCAGUUUACCUCCCAGACGUCUUCCUCCUGCCUUCACUCGCUUCUGGAGGGCUGAGGGGGGAAACAGCACAGGGUCCAGUGAGAGCCGAGCAUGGCUGCAAAAGACGCGCCCACUCUUGGCAACUGCGCACUUCUUUGGGUAGAAAGUGCCUGCACCGAGCACGCAUGAGAAAUCGCUUGGCUGAGCAUCCAGGGGGCAGCUUUCAUGGGAAGGACAGUUAUCCGGUUUCUAGAAACUCAAAAGUAACCGAGAAUUGCCAGAGAUGGUUUUACAGACGAUAUUCCGAGCGGUCAUUAUGGGACCUCCCGGAUCUGGGAAAGGAACCGUGUCUGCGCGCAUUACUAAAACUUUUGGACUGAAACAUAUUUCCAGUGGGGAUCUUUUGAGAGCCAACAUCAAAGCCAAAACCGAGCUCGGUCUGCUGAUGAAGUCGUGUAUUGACCAGGGCCAGCUGGUACCUGAUGAUGUCAUGUCUCGGCUCAUCCUGAGUGACCUGAAAGCCAUGGACCAGACCAGCUGGCUGCUUGAUGGUUUCCCUCGCACAGUUUCCCAGGCGGAGGCUCUGGAUAAUGUCUACCGGGUAGAUACAGUCAUCAACUUGGAUGUGCCUUUCCAGACCAUCAAACAAAGGCUGACGUCUCGCUGGACCCACCUUCCCAGUGGCAGGGUCUACAAUGUGGAUUUCAACCCACCUAAAGUCGCUGGUUUGGAUGAUGUGACAGGGGAGCCUCUGGUGCAGAGGGAUGACGACACACCGGAGACCGUCAUGCGGAGACUGAAGGCCUACGAAACCCAGACUGAACCGGUCUUAGAGUACUACAGGAGCAAAGGGGUGCUGGAGGUCUUUUCUGGAACAGAGACCAACAAGAUCUGGCCUCACGUCCAGGCUUUCCUCCACAAAAAGCUCCCCGCCGUCAGUCAGUGAGAAUGUCCUCGUCUAGAAAGCCCAGGCUGCCACGAGAGGACUGCGAAGUUUACCAGCAGAAACCACUCCACAUGCAUGGUCCAACCUCUGGGAGCAGAAAAGUAUCCUAAUGCCUUUCAGCGUCGUGCCAGUCUAGUGUGAACGGUCUUUAACUGUAAGUUUCAAAAUUUGGACCAAGGAUGUUGUCAUGUUGUCACAGCUGUUUCACUUUGUACGUGUGUGCUGCACUUUAGUUGCACUGCUGCCACGAUGUCGUUUAAAUGAUCUUAACUAUUCUCAGGAAUGUGUGCAAAAAACCUCUUGAAGUCCAACAUUGAUCAGUGUCACCGUUACAGAAAUGACGGGCGUCCCUUCUCUCCAGAAUUUGCCCUUCUAAAGCGAGGCAGCGCCGGUGAAAAUCAGAUAUGACAAUCAGAUCGCACGUAGCAGAAAUUCAAGGUCACUUUCACCAGAGGUGUUACAAAACGACGUGAGCAUUAGUCGAGGGUGAUAGGCCAAGAAGAUCUUUGUUUCCAUUUUUGUUGCGACAUCUACAGUGACUUCAACCUUAACUGACACAGGUGAAGUCAGCUUUUUUCUGUUUUGAGAUUUAGGACUAGUACAAUUUUCCUCUGUCGUAAAGAUGAGCACACACUUCAGCUUUCCUUAAGCUCAUCCAACGUCACAGUUUCUGCCACAGUUUAGAAGGGCAUUCAAAAUCCUCCAGAGAAACAAUCUCAUUAUUCCAUCAUAAUAAAAUGUGAAUGAUAGCGGCAUUAGGGCUGAAUUUGGACAUUAUUCUGCAUUUGUCCUAAAGGGAGAUGUGCCUUGUUCUUUAUUGUUGUACAUCCUCUCUCUUGCACUCAAGUGCCUUUUGCUGCUUUUGAAUGUAGUUGAUCAAUACUUUUUUUUUUUAUUAUGAAUAUGAAUCACCAAGCUAUUAAUUAAAUAAAUAAAAAACUAGCUGAUCUAAUGUAUAAAAUGACUGCACAGAUUGUAGUAAAUGCUUAAAUUUUUUUUUAAUUUUAUCACAAGAAAUAAAAUGUAACAAUUUGCUGUCUGAA